AUGGAGGAUCUACUUAAUCUUUUUAAUAGAAAAAUUAAUUUUGAAACAACCUUAAAUAGUAAUAAUAAUAAUUAUAAUAAUAAAAGUAAAAAAAAAAAUAACUCUAAUCAACUUAAAAAUCAUUUCAUUCAAUUAAUUGAUAAAAUUUCAAAUUCGUUAAAUAGUAAUAAUAAUGAUUUUAAUAAUAAUUUUAAGUCUUUACAAAUUGUCGAAUUAUUUAAUUUAGUUAAAUUAUUACCAUUUAAAGAAGAAAAAAAAUUAGAAAAUAAUAAUAAUAAUAAUAAUAAUUAUAAUAAUUAUAAUGAUGAUCAGGAUUAUGAUGAUGAUGAUUAUUAUGAUAAUUUAAUAUUAUAUAACACAAUUAGAAAAGAAACAAUCGAAUUAAUUUUUAGAAUUUUACCAAAUAUUUUAAAAAGGCAAUCAUUUCAAUAUGAUAGUUCAUUAAUGACAACAAUUUUCUCAGUUUCCGAUCAACCAAUAUCAUUAAAACUAUUAAUCGCAAUUCAUACAACUAAUUUAAUUAAUGAUUAUAUAUUAUUUGAAAAUUCUCAAUUCAAUAUAUUUAUACCAUAUAUUCACGAUAUAUUUCAUUAUAUUAUAUUAUCUUUAAAAGAAAAUAAUUUAAAAAUUAAAAUUGAAAUUUUAAAUUUAUUAGAAUUAAUAAUUAAUAAUUUAAAAAAUAAUAAUAAUAAUAAUAAUAAUAAUUUAGAAUCAUAUUUAAAUAAUUUAAUAAAUUUAUUAAUUGAAAAUAUAAUAAUAAAAAAUAAUAAUGAUGAUGAUAAUAAUAUAGAACUUUAUAAUCAAAUUUUAGAUAAUAAUAAUGAAUUUUAUAUAAUUAGAGAAAAAAGUGGUUUAAUUUUAAAAUUAUUAUCAAAAAAUUAUUUUAAUAAAAUAAUUGAAAAUUUAAAUUUAAUUUCAAAUAAUAAUAAUAAUAAUAAUAAUAUUUAUAUAAAAGAAGGAAUUUUAGAAUGUUUUAAUAAAAUUAAUAAAUUUGAAAAUGAAGAAUUAUUAAAAAUUUUAUUUGAAAUUUAUUUUAUUAAUCAAAAUAAUAAUUCAAAAAUUGAAUGGAUUUAUUUUUCAACUAUAAUUAAUAAUUUAUCAAUAAUUUAUAAUAAUGAAAAUAAUCAAAAUAAUAAUAAUCAAUAUUUUGAAAUUAUUUAUAAAAAAUUAAAUGAAUUAAUUUUAAUUGAUAAUGAAAUUAUAAAAAUUUCAAUAUUUAAUUUAAUAAAAUCAAAUUAUAAAUUAUUAUCAACCGAUUUAUUUAUUAAAUUAAUUUCAUUAACAUUACCAAAAUUAAAUAAUAAAAUUCAAUUUAAAUCAUUUAUAGAAUUAUCAAAAUUAAUAAUACCAAAUUUAAAUUUUAAAUCAUUUAAAAUAAUAAUUGAAUUAUUAACAUUACAAUUUAAUUAUUCAAAUAAUAAUAAUAAUAAUAAAUAUUUAUAUUUAGAAUUAUUUUCAAUUAUUAUAAAAAAUUUGGAUUCUGAAAAUUUUAAAAAUUUUUAUAGUAAAUUACCAUUUGAAUUAUUUGAUUUAAUUUUAUUAAAAUUGGAUUCAUUAAUUAAUUUAUAUCAAGAUUUUUUAGAAAUAAAAUUUAUUGAACCAAUUAUAGUAUCAUUGGAAUUUUUAAAUGAAUCAUUAGAGAAUUUAGUAAUUAUAAAUAAUAUUGAUUCAAUUUAUUAUUAUAAUAUUAUUAAUAUUAUAAUAAAAUGUUUAGAAAUUAUUAAACCAAAUGAAAUCAUUUUAAAAUCAUUAAUUUUAUUAUCAAACCUUUUUAAUUUAAAUUGGUCAUCAAUUUCAACAAUGGUACCAAUCUUUGAAUUAACACAAUUGGAUAAAAUUUUAAAAUUAAUUUAUAAAUUUUUAAUUUAUGAUAAAAGAUUAUUAAUUAUUAAAAAUUCAUUUAUUGUUUUAAAUAAUUUAUUAAAUUCAAAUUAUUCAAAAUUAGUUCAACCAUAUUUAAAUGAAUUAAUUUUAGAAAUUUCUUUAAAUUGUUAUUAUUUAAAUAAUAAUUAUAAUAAUAAUAAUAAUCAAAAUAAUCAAAAUUUUAAAAAUUUACAAUUAAAAGAAAUUAUUUCAAUUACUUUUAGUAAACUUUUAUUAAAUAUUGAUCAAUAUACAAUUGAAAAUUUUAAAUGUUUUUCAAAUUUAAUUGAUAAUUCUUGGUGUUCAUUUAUUUUAAAUGAUAAUCAAUCAAUUUUAUUAAUUUUAGAUAUAAUUUGGAAUGAUCCAUCAUUAAUAUCAUUUAAUUCAAAUCAAACUUUUAAUUUAAAAACAACUUUAUUAAAAUCAAUUAAUAAUAACCAUAAUAAUAUAAAUUUAAAUAAUUUUAAUAAUAAUAAUAAUAAUAGUUUAAUAAUUUUAUUAAAAUUAAAAUUAAAAGAAAUUAAAACAAAUUCUCCAAUUAUUUUGGAAAAAUUAAAAAAAUUUUUAAAUUCUGAUUUAUUAUUUUUAUUUUCUUAA